AUGGCUACGCAAGACUCCAUCCUCCAGGGCGUCAACGUCCUCGGCAAGAUCGACGCCUCUCACAAGAAGAUCCUCACGCCGCAGGCCCUCACCUUCCUCGCCCUGCUGCACCGCUCCUUCAACGGCACCCGCAAGAGCCUCCUGGAGCGCCGCGUCCUGCGCCAGGCCGAGCUCGACCGCGGCGUCCUGCCCGACUUCCUGCCCGAGACCAAGCACAUUCGCGACAAUGAGGCCUGGAAGGGCGCGCCGCCCGCCCCCGGCCUGGUCGACCGCCGCGUCGAGAUUACCGGCCCGCCCGACCGCAAGAUGGUCGUCAACGCACUCAACUCGGACGUCUUUACCUACAUGUCCGACUUUGAGGCCAAAUCCACUACAACCCCGGCUCAGCUGGCCCUACGAUGCGGCUCUGUUCAACGGGUUUGUUGUGGGUGCUGGGUGCGUGUGAAGCUUGGAAUGGUGGCACUGGAGAUUGCAUCUUUCGCUGUGCCGUCUUUUGCCCAAUCUUUGGGCAAUCCAUCUGGGCCAGUUCUGAAACUCACUGUGCCUCGCCAUUUUCCACUGCCUGGCUGCCAAUGCCUCGGGUGCAAAGCUGUCUGCUCGUGCUCGGCCCGGGUACUCGCGCGCUGCUCCGAAAAGAAGUGGGGCGUGGGGUACCUCGAUGGGCCGGGGGAGCAGCCAGAGCUUGUGACAGUCCACAACACCAAAGCCGAGCUACUGGUUGGUUGGCGAGGACUGGAAACAGCUUUGGAGGAUGAGCGAGCGACCAUGGUUGACGUCCAUUCGAAAGCAUGGCUCCCUCUCAUUUACUCGUCCGCUCCCACCUGGGACAACAUGAUCAACGGCCAGGUCAACCUCUACGACGCCAUCCGCGGGCAGGUCGACUUCAAGCAGGGCGCCAAGGAGUACAAGCUGCGGACGGACCGCAAGCACCCGACGCUCAUCGUGCGCCCGCGCGGCUGGCACCUCGAGGAGAAGCACGUCACCGUCGACGGCGCGCCCAUGUCGGGCUCGCUCUUCGACUUUGGCCUGUACUUUUUCCACAACGCCGCCGAGUACCAGCGCCGCGGCUACGGGCCGUACUUUUACCUGCCCAAGAUGGAGAGCCACCUCGAGGCGCGGCUGUGGAACGACGUCUUCAACCUGGCCCAGGACUACAUUGGCAUGCCGCGCGGCACCAUCCGCGGCACCGUGCUCAUCGAGACCAUCCUGGCCGCGUUUGAGAUGGACGAGAUCAUCUACGAGCUGCGCGACCACUCGGCCGGCCUCAACUGCGGCCGCUGGGACUACAUCUUCUCCGUCAUCAAAAAGUUCCGCCUCAACCCCAACUUUGUCCUGCCCGACCGGUCCGUCGUCACCAUGACGGUGCCCUUUAUGGACGCCUACGUCAAGCUGCUCAUCCAGACCUGCCACAAGCGCGGCGUCCACGCCAUGGGCGGCAUGGCCGCCCAGAUCCCCAUCAAGGACGACAAGCAGGCCAACGACGUCGCCAUGGCCAACGUCCGCGCCGACAAGCUGCGCGAGGUCCGCGCCGGCCACGACGGCACCUGGGUCGCCCACCCGGCCCUCGCCGCCAUCGCCCUCGACGUCUUCAACACCCACAUGCCCACCCCCAACCAGCUCUUUGUCCGCCGCGAAGACGUCAAGAUUGGCCAAAACGACCUGCUCAACAUGAACGUCCCCGGCAGCAUCACCGAGGAGGGCAUCAAGAAGAACCUCAACAUUGGCCUCGGCUACAUGGAGGCCUGGAUCCGCGGCGUCGGCUGCGUCCCCAUGAACUUUCUCAUGGAGGAUGCUGCCACCGCCGAAGUCUCCCGCAGUCAGCUCUGGCAGUGGACGCGCCACGGCGUCACCACCGCCGAGGGCAAGCGCGUCGACAAGGCCUACGCCCUCAAGCUCCUCAAGGAGAGCGCCAACGAGCUGUCCUCCAAGGCUGGCAAGGGCAACAAGUUCCAGCUUGCUGCGCAGCACUUUGCCGGCCAGGUCACUGGCGAGGACUAUGCCGAUUUCCUGACCAGCGAAGCUGUAAAGGGAACGGACACCCCCUUCUACAUCACCGGCGACACGACCGAGUCUGUCGCCACUUGA